AUGGAGCCUCCAGCACCACCCCGCCAGGCGGCAUCCUUUCCCACCCUCGCAGUCCUCGACCCCACCACCCCCCACACAUUCACCAAGCCCUCCAAACGGAUCAACGAAGGGCCCGACGUAGAAACAUUCUUAGUCUCAAAAGCCUACAGAGAUAUCGGCAUCUUCAUCAUGCAACUAAACAGGGCCAUGUGUCCCCGGAAAAUGCCCGGCCCCGCGAGGCGCGAAACGGCAAGGACGUGGACGCUCGACACCCUGGCGGAGUCGUCUCUACCGGCGUCCGUGAAGGGGCUAAGGGGCUUAUUGAAGAAAGUGGAGGCUAUGGUGGAGGAGGCACCGCCAGAUCCCGGCCCGAGACGGUUCGGGAAUGUGAGCUUUAGGAAGUGGCAUAAGUUGGUGGAGGAGAGGACUGAUGCGUUGAUGGAUGAGUUUAUUGACGAGGCGGUGUUGAGCUUUCCUUCUUCUUCGUCUUCUUUUGAUGGGGAGGGGGGGAAGGCGGGGCCGAGGGAUGAGUUGCGGGCGUACUUCUUGGGAGGAUUUGGGAGUGAGCAGAGAUUGGAUUAUGGGACGGGGCAUGAGUUGAAUUUCCUGGCCUUUUUGGGGUGUCUUUGGAAACUUGGCGCUUUCAAGGAUGGUAAAGAAGGAGGAGAUCUAGAAAGGAGCUUAGUUCUUGGCGUCCUUGAGCCUUACCUUCACGUCAUCAGGCGUGUCAUCCUCACCUACACCUUGGAACCCGCAGGAUCUCACGGCGUCUGGGGUCUCGACGACCAUUCGUUCCUCCCGUACAUUUUUGGCUCCGCGCAGCUUACACGGCCGAUUACCGACGACGAGCCCAUGCCCCUUGAAGGGUCCGUCAGAGGCGCUCCCAAGACUGGAGAUGUCGUCAAAUCCGAUGUCGUGGAGCGCGAGCGUGAGAGGAACUUGUAUUUCUCGGCUAUUGGAUUCAUCAACGACGUGAAGAAGGGCCCAUUUUGGGAACACAGUCCUAUUCUUUUUGACGUCUCUGGGGUCCAGGACGGAUGGGGAAAGAUUAACAAGGGUAUGAUCAAAAUGUUUAACGCAGAAGUUCUAUCAAAGUUCCCCGUCGUCCAACAUUUCCCCUUCGGCUCCCUAUUCUCCUUCGACGAAGACCCCGAGGCCUCUAUCCCAAUUCAAUCCGUGCACAUGGCCAACCAGCCUACGGCCAUGGCUUGUCCAUUACCUUCGGGGGGUAUGGGAUUAACCGGAGCCCCUUGGGCCCAAGCCGGUGGAAUGCCUCGGCCUACGGGUCCUGGGAUUCCGUACUCGCGGAUUCCCCCGGGCGGAGUAACACAACGGCCCGGGCCGGCAAGAGGCCCACCGAGAGGCGGCCCUGCGUAA